AUGAAUCCGGAGAUGGAUGAACUCAAGGCUCCUAUUCUACCCGAUCACCAACCAUCAUCGCCGCCGUCGAAACUCAAGAAACGAAUUAUCAUCCCAACCGUCAUUUCCGGGGCUCUAGCGUUGGGGAUAGUGUCCUUACUUCUCAAUUUAAAUCCAGCUCCAGUUCCAGCUCCACCAUCCGGAAAUUUGUACAGCGCCAUUAUCGAUGCCGGGAGUUCAGGGUCCCGAGUACAUGUGUUCAAGUACUCCAUUGAUCAGUUUGGGGUACCCGUUUUCAAUUUCGGAAGUCUCAACUACGAGUCGUUUAGUAUUCCAGAUGGUUUGUCAACGUUUGCUAAUAAUCUGGACGGAGCGAAAGUGAAAGUGCAAGAACUUGUGGACUUCGCCAAAGCAAAGAUUCCCGAGUUGAUGUGGAGCAGGAGUGACAUUAGGUUAAUGGCGACAGCUGGGAUGAGAUUGAUUGCUUAUGAUGAUCGAGAAAACAUUCUUAAUGCUGCUAGAGAAGUUCUUCAUGCUUCUGGACUUAGUUUUCGCGACGAAUGGGCUUCUGUUAUCAGUGGAUCUGAUGAAGGUUUAUAUGCUUGGGUAAUUGCUAAUUACGCACUUGGUUCGCUUGGAAAUGAUAAGUCGCCAACAACAGGGAUUCUUGAGCUCGGUGGGGCUUCUGCGCAGGUGACAUUUGUGUCGAGUGAUAAGCUUGUGUCUCAUGUGGAUUCGCGUAACAAAACCUAUGGAAGUGUUCCGUAUAAUAUCUACAGUCACAGUUUCCCCGACUCUGGGAAGGAUGCAGCAAUAAAAAGGUUAAUGGAUAAACUACAAAAGUCAACUGUUGGGGACGAAAAGGUUAAAGACCCUUGUACUCCAAAAGGAUACAAAUACGUAAAUCAUCAAAACAAAUAUUUAUCUGUAUUCCUAGCUGAUGAAAGCGAAUAUACAAAGCUUGAAGCUGCUGGUGAUUUCACAGAUUGCAAAACCAAAACACUUGAACUUUUGAAAGAACAAAACGAUAUGUGUCCAUCUAGUUAUUGUGCUAUUGGAUCAACAUACACACCUAAGCUUAAAGGAAAUAGUUUUUUGGCUACAGCAAGUUUCUUCUUCACCAGCACGUUCUUCAAGUUAGAUCAAAAAUUUUGGUAUUCCGACUUGAGGCAUAAGGGCGACGCGUUUUGUCGAAAAGAUUGGGACGAACUGGUAAAGGAAUACGAAGGAACUGAUCUAGAAUAUUUGCGUGGGUAUUGCUUCUCAUCAGCGUAUAUAAUCUCAAUGUUUGAAAGACUUGGUACUCCUAGAGUCAUAUUUUCGAAUAAAGUGAAGAACACACCAUUAAAUUGGGCAUUGGGUGCUUUCAUUGAUACUGUCUCACAGCCUAGUAUCUCCCCUGCUCCAAGUCCUGCACCCACUUAUGGUAAUGGUGAUAAUUCUAGAAGAUUUCUUGGCUUUUGAUGAUGAGUUUAGGGGUUAGGGUUUAGACCGGAGGAAACCAAACCCAAAGUUCAAAGAUCAAGUCUUAUUACUUGGUCUUUUCUUUUGUUUUGUUUUUAAGAAAAUAAUUAGAGCACUACUUCACUUCCUCUUUUGUAAGAGAAGAGUGACUUAUUCCCUUCACAAGAUUAUAUUUUCACUUUGUUCCCAUGUUUUUAUUUAAGUAAA